GUGAUGUGAAGUAGGGCAAUCCAGAAUUCGCCAUUUUUACUUUUCAGUGAAAGGAGAUUUUAUAAUUGUCAGGCUGGAGGACGACGAUUUUUUUCUGAAAAGUGUGUCAUUGUAUUUAAUUUCCUGUAGCAAGGACUAUUAUUUGAGAAAGUCUUAGUUUAAUAGUGUGGUUUUAUUUAUUACUAACGUUUGUAUGUAGUGCUACUUCCCCAUCGUAAGAUUUGUUCUUUGGUGUGUCGCUUGAGCUAAUUCAAUGGCUAUGAUAUCGAAAUUUUAAUCUAACGAGUCGCUUUAGUAUUCUCCGUGUGAGAUAAUAACGAGAAAGCGAGGCGACGCCGUUAGAAAUGAGCAGGCCUCAAGGCGGUCGAAUUCAAGUCCCAGAUGACCUUAGAGAAAUUUUACUGGAGUUCACAAUAAGUUAUCUGCUGGAGCAGCCAGGGGACGUGAUUAACUACGCCGUCGAGUUCUUCACAAGGUUACAGAACAACCGGACCACUACUAUAGUGAGGGGCCCAUCCGCCGGCACGCCCGAUGAAUCCAUAAUAUCUGACGAAGAAGAGCCGCCAGUGGCGCGCUUCAACAACCGUCGCAAGUCGGUGUUCGCGGAGACGUAUGAUCCUGAAGAAGAUGACUCCGAUGAGGGCGCGCCGGCCGUCUUCCCCAAGUCUGAUGCUCAGCGUGCCCGACUCGCUGAAGCUGUGCGCGGUAUUCUGCUCUUCCGUUCGCUCGACGCGCAGCAGAUGCAACAGGUGCUGGACGCAAUGUUCGAGAAGCGCUCGGAGCCAGGCGAGUACGUGAUCCGGCAGGGAGACGACGGCGACAACUUCUACGUCAUCGAGAACGGCGUCUUUGAUGUGCUCGUCAACGGAGAUGACGGCAUCGAGAAGGUGGUGCACACGUACGAAGGUUCAGGGUCUUUCGGUGAGUUGGCGUUGAUGUACAACAUGCCGCGCGCCGCGUCCGUGCGCGCGCAGUCCGCCGGCGCGCUGUGGGCCAUGGACCGCCACACCUUCCGCCGCAUCCUGCUCAAGAGCGCCUUCAAGAAGCGCAAGCUCUACGAGGAACUGCUCGACAAGGUGCCGAUGCUGAAGGCACUCCAGUCGUACGAGCGUGCCAACUUGGCGGACGCGUUGCUGCCGCGGUCGCUGAUCGACGGCGAGCUGAUCAUCCGGCAGGGAGACUCCGCCGACGGCAUGUACUUCGUGGAGGACGGCUCCGUCAGCAUCCGCAUCACCCGCGAUGAUGGCAACGACCACGAGAUCAAGCGCCUCGGCAAGGGCGGUUACUUCGGGGAGCUGGCUCUGGUGACCCACAAGCCGCGCGCCGCCUCCGCUUACGCAGUCGGACCCACCAAGGUCGCAUUCUUGGAUGUGGAGACAUUCGAGCGCCUGCUGGGCCCCUGCAUGGAGAUCAUGAAGCGCAACAUCGACGACUACGAGGAGCAGCUCGUCAAGCUGUUCGGGGACAAGAGCAACCUCACUGACGUGCGAUGAACUACCCCUCAACACACCCCCGCCACCCCACACAACCCCCACGCGCACCCUCCACAACCCCCACACGCACCUCCCACAACCCUCAUCCCUCCCUUCUCGACUGAUCUCCAACACGGCAAUAAGCCCCAUAACAUGGAUACCACAAUCGAUAAAUCGGUUCUACAACACUAUAAUUGAAAUUAAACUAUUUCUAUAGACAUUUAAAAAAUAUAUAGACUAGGCAUAGUGAAAAAUUAUUUUCACUGGUAAUUUUUUUGACAGGUAAUAUCAGUUGUACAGGUUCAGUAACACCAUGUGCUAUAUUGACAUUUUACAAAAUUAUAAUAAGCGCCAUCUUUUGUUAUGAAACAAAACAAAACUGUUACAAAAUAAAAUAUAACUGUGUAAAGGUUGUCAAUGAUGAUGUAAAAAUGAAGUCUUCAGUCACUUCUGUCAACUAUGCUUACUCUAUAUAUUUUAAUCUCUUUGUCAAUAAAAUUCAUCAAAUCUAUACAAUAUUUGUAAACUCGUAUGAAGUAUUAGAUUUGACGAUUGUAGUAUCCAUACAUUAAUCUCACGUUGAUGUAUUCUCAGUCUUGCAUGUCUCGAUUUAGACGUAACGCUGUUUUUAAAAUUUUCAGUGUUAGAUGAUUGUGGAAUUAUUAAAAUUUUCAAUAUAACAGUAUAAGACCAGUCUAGUUGUAAAUCUCAGUAACGUUUCGUCUUUUAGCUUCAAUGUGCUUUACUUAACAGCAAUUAAUCGCAGAUAACGUACUAUCAGGGAAUCUCGCGGUGGUCCACUUUAAAGGUACUAGUUUGGAAAUUUCUGUACACAUUGAGACGACACAGAAACUAAUAAGACGAAUAUUUCAAAUGACUAUACAAAAAAGAAAUUUUUUAGUUUUUUUUUUGUCAAUUCCGUAACUAACAGCUAACUGUAAAAGGUGAAGUUUAUCUCGUUGCAUGGAAUAAAGCAAUUUAUUUCCAAGUGGAACACUGCGGAUUUCCUCAACUGUACCUAUUGUAUCAAAGAGGCAGUGCCAUUUUGAGGGAUUUACCUUUAAUCGGUAAGUCGUAGUUUUUAGUGUUAGAAUGACGUUGGUCGGAGAUGUGAGCUAUCGUAAUACUGCAUCUAUACGUGAAUACGCUUAUUUUAGAUAGAUAAAUGCCUUCGUAGCCUUGUAAAUAUAAGACAUUCUCUAACAAGCGAUUUACUAUUGAAUUUACUUGAAUAAUUGACAUUUCAUGUCAAACUGCUUGGAUAUUAAAUUCUAGAGGCAUGGCUGGACCACCUCUAGCUGGUUAAUAUAUAACUUCGACGUUUUUUUGUCUUACAGUUAACUAAGAUUGGAGGCAUUUUAGAAUUAAAAUAUUUUAACAUGUAAUGACCUGUUGGUGCAGUGUUACGGCGCUCGGCUCAUACACUGACGCUUUCCUGAUUCAAAUUUUAUAUACCGCUAAGUAUAUAAUAGUGAUUAGAUUUAAUCUAUUCACAAUUUACAAUAGAUUUUUAUUAUACAUUGUCCUAUUCAAGAAAAUUCGUUGUUUCAAAUGCAGAUUAAUUUAAAUGUAUUGACAAAUUGUUAUGUUUCCUAUAUAUUUAACUGCAUAUAAUUAAAACGGCGUAGUUUUGUUUAGUGAAGAGGUUAUAGUGGUUUUUUUGUGUUAUUUUUUAUUAUUAUUUAUGUUUUGAUUUAUUUUAUGUUGCGGAGAGUUCCUAUUUGUUUUGCUCUAACAUUUUUACAUUUUAUAGAUCUGAGGUUUGUUUUUGAUCGCCGCAUGUAUUAGAAAAUUAAUGGUUUUUAAACGUGAAAUAAAUAUUAAUAUUUAGUGCUGAUUGCUAUGUUACAAGCUUGCAGAGGUUUAUGAAGAUUUUUUAUUGCGCUCUUAUUUGUAUAAUUUAUUUAUCGAUGUUUGCGCAGGAAAUCCCAGUAUUAUUUAAAACGAAAGAUUUAUUUACAUAGGCACUAAAGAAUAUACACCAAGUUAUUGUGCCAUGAAUUGUACACCAUAUUAUUUUAAGACUCGUACAAAAACAGUUUGUUUCUUAGAUUUUACUUGAAAUUUUCAUGUUUGAGUUUGUUUUAAGCAACAAGAAUUUAAGGUUUUGCACUCUAUUCACACAAAAUUACACAUUACAAACUAUUUGCCUACUUCUACGUUUGAAGGCUUAUCACGAAUAUCCGUGCGAAUGUUUCGUAAUGUCAUCGACAUUUGUAUGAGAUUUGCGCAGCGCCCCUAGCGACCAUAAAGUGCACCAAAUGUCAUGUAAAUUUUGUCGAUGUUAUGAAUAAAUUCUUGCUAUUACGCAAAUAUUUGUGAUGAGUCUAUUUUUUGUAACUAUAAUUGAUAUAGUUAUCUUUUGUAGUUACAAAUACAAAGGGCAGUUCUAUGUAAUUAAAUCUAUGUUUUGAAGUGAAAAUAAUAUUAAAUUGUUUAUUUAUGAAUCCAGCCAAAGUAGAUGAAUGCAUAAAUCAUGUGUAGCACUUAAUGUAAGUCGUAUUAAUGUACGUAGCAGUUAGUUUUUGUCACCUUUCUAAUUGUAAUUUAAUAUAUUAGUACAUUAGGAAAAAUUUAACGGAAGUUUGGUACCCUCGAGUGUGAGAUGUCAUUUCGAUGUUAUGUACAAUAUCUGUACAAAUUUAUUUCAGCUGCCAUAGAAGAUUUUAUUGUUUUAUUUAUAAAUAGAUAAUUAAAAAUGUUGUUUUUUUUUUUUUUGCUAUUUUAGUCAUUUAUCCCGCUAUUUAGCUUUUGUCUAAUUUAAGAUUUCUUUGUCUUUUAAACAUUUCCUAUUCGAAAUUUGUGUUUUUUACUUUUUAUAAUUUUCACUUCAAGUGCCUCUUUCUUAUGUUCAAUAAUCCUUGUCUCUUUCCUAACAUUAAUGUUGUGUGUGUGCGUGUGUUUUUAAACUGCCUUUUUCUAUGUGAAUUUACUGUCUGAGUGUGGAUUCUAUGAGGAUAACUAGUAAAGUUAAAUUAUUGAUGUUAAUAUGUUCUAACUUUUUUGAGUUUAAUUAAAAACCUUAUGUUAGGAAUUUUAUUUAUUAUUUAUAAAUUAAUAUGUAAUGAUUCUAAUAUUCUUUAUUCUAGGCUAAAAGUAGCCUUUUUAAAAUGUAUUUUGAAUGAUUGAAGUUUUGGUUUUAUUAAUUCAAUAUUCUUGACAUUACUUGAAUGUUUCAAGUUUUAUCUUCCAUACUUAUGUAUUGGUAACAUAUAUGUUAUAUUCAGGUGAGGCGAGUGGUCGUUCCCCCGUUGUAUUGAUCCCUGUAGUUCUAGCGAUAGUGCAAUAACUAAUUAUCAUAUUUAUGUCGUUUACAUGGAAAUUUUCGUCGAUGUGAAAUUAUUUAUAGAAUAAAAUUGAAUAGCUUAAGAUGUUUUUUCUCUAAUGUAAUGUUUUAUCUCUACCCACGCUAACUAUACGUUAUAUUUACUAUUAUUUAAAUUCAAUAAAAAUUAUAAUAAAGCACAAACUUUAUGUUGAUUGUUUUUAAAUUUCUGUUGUCUUCCAUUCGGACGCACAGAAUGUUUUCUUUAUUCCAAAUAUCUUUAUCGUUAUUGAUGGAAUUAGAAGUACGCUUGUAAUUGGCGUAUACUUUUUUAUUACUAGUCAUCGGUGUCUAAUGUAGAUUAGUAAUCUGACGGCACAUUGAAAUUGUUUUUGUCGCAUUUCCACGCGUUAGAUUAAGUCAUCCUCUGUCCACAUGUCGAAGCAUAUCAGAGUAUCUCAGAUCUGUCGCCCGGCGUCCGUCGCCGACUGCCCGCUUUACCCACGUCAUGAGCUUACCCUGUACAUUUAUAAAAUUAUGUAUCGUAAAAUGUUAGAAAACUGAAUUAUAUUUGUUUGUAGAUCUAAA